UGUUGCUGCCGGAAGUGACGUUGGAAGGCUCGAGCUGAGGCGAGCCCAGCGGCCUCCCUUCUCUGAGGUGACGUUUUCCCCUUCCUCCGGCUCCUUCUCUCCGUCCCUCCUGCCCGGGCCGAGGAAGCGGCAGCGGCAACGCCGGGGGAGGAACGAAGAGGGGGAGGAGGAGCCCUGGCCCCUCAUGCUCGAGCUGGCCCUUCCCGUGGGGCCUGAGGCCGGGAAGAUCCUCAGACGCGGCGGCGGCGGCGGCGGCGGCGGCUCUGAGAAUUUGGUGGGAGUCAGCCAGAAUGACAACUCUGGACAUUCAGGUCUUCUGUUUACAGAGCAGGUACAGCAGUGACAGCAGAGGCUGAAAAGUUUCUUUCCUGCUGAAGCCCUAGAUUAGUUUGCACUUCCACAAGGCUCUGGGUCUGUACUCUGAGACCAGGAGAGACUUAAAAUUCUGAAAUGAAGAUGGAGGCAGCAGACAGAACAGAAGAACUCAUUGACCCAGAAAUCCCACCAAAACUCUCAGAAAAACAGGAGCCAGCUCUGGGUGAAGAGGGGUCUAUAGAACUGGAUAUGCCUGCUCAAAAAGAGAACAGAGCUGCUCUCGGGGAGGAUUCAGCGGUGCUUGCCUCAAUGCCGUGCUUGCUGAUGGAACUGAGAAGGGACUCGUCAGAAUCUCAGCUAGCGUCAACGGAAAGCGAUAAGCCAACAGCCGGCCGUGUUUAUGAGAGUGACUCUUCCAACCACUGCAUGCUGUCCCCUUCUUCCAGCGGCCAUUUGGCUGAUUCAGACACGCUGUCUUCUGCAGAAGAGAAUGUUCCCGGCCAAGCUGAAGCAACUGCAGAGGGAGACCCUUCCGCCGUGUCGGGGUCUACCGUGGGGAGGAAAUCCAGGCGGUCCAGGUCAGAAAGUGAAACCUCAACAAUGGCUGCGAAGAAGAACCGUCAAUCCAGCGAUAAGCAGAAUGGCCGUGUUGCUAAGGUGAAAGGUCAUCGGAGCCAAAAGCACAAAGAAAGAAUCCGGCUACUGAGGCAGAAACGGGAGGCUGCUGCCCGCAAGAAAUACAACCUGCUGCAGGACAGCAGCACCAGUGACAGUGACCUAACCUGUGACUCGAGCACGAGUUCAUCGGAUGAUGAUGAUGACGAAGUUUCAGGGAGCAGCAAGACAAUCACUGCAGAGAUACCAGGUUUUCUUUCCUUCCCAGAUGGACCUCCAGUUGUGCCCCAUUAUGAUAUCUCAGACACAAACUCUGACCCAGAAGUGGUGAACGUGGACAAUCUUUUGGCAGCUGCAGCCGUUCAAGAGCACAACAGUUCUGUCGUUAGCCAGGACACUGAGCCCACCUGGAGGACGAGAGGGCUGCUAGAAGAGCUAAGUGCUGAGACAAAUCACUUGGAGGCUGAAUUCCUGGCAAGUGACCAGCUCCCCGCCAGCCAUGCCCAGGUCAAUGACGAAAUCAACGUUGCCUCAUCUGAUAGCGAAGUGGAGAUUGUGGGGGUUCAGGAGCAUGCGAGGAAUAAAGUGUCUCAAGCAGCAGGGGGACAAAGCCUCCCAGUCAUAGGGAGAAGUGAGAGGAAGGCAGAGGAAACCCAUGAGAUGCCCAAAGGAAAGGCGAGCCACCAGAGUGAAGAACUCUAUGAACGCAGAUAUGUCCAUCCUCGUGGAGGAGUGAUUCAGAGUGUGUCUUCCCGGAAACAUGGCUCAGGUCUGCAGUGCACCCGGCAAUCAGAAACAUGGACAGGGGUGGCCCCUCCGCAGAAUUGGUCUUCACCGCCCGAAGUGGUAGAUCUCACCCUUGAUGAGGACAGCAGACGGAAAUACUUACUGUAAUGCAAUUUCACUGUGUUUUUAGUUAUUUAGUCCUUUCCCUUUUGUGGCACAGAAGUUGCUGGAUAUUGCCUUGGUGUCCAAAGCAUCUGCUCCUGGUGUUCUGGAAGUCAGCCUCCUUCGGGAGCGUUUCCUCCUCCGCCCCCCCUCCCCCCAUUAGAAUUGCAGUGUCAUUUCAGAAGUUUCCUUGAAAUAAUGACACUUUCCUAACCAAAGGGAGCUCUCCUUUUGUGGAAAACCUAGCACACUGAACUUCAGGGACCGCUUCCAAGUUUUUAACUGUGUGCAUUUCAGUUAGAGCGCUUGUUGACGGGAGCCGCGAUACCUUCUCAGGCACACCCUGUAGAGAGAGCUACAGAGUUGCUUAAAUUCACCACUCAAGCAGAUGUUGCUGGUACACUUGGGGCUUUAUCUCCUUUCUCUCUUGCAGUGUCAGCAUUAAAAACACGGCUGGCCUGACAGGCUCCUGGUUCUGAGUAUCCUCAUUCUGAUUGUAGCAUGAUUGGGGGAGUUUGCAAGCGUCGAGUCAGGACCAGGGGCCUCCAGGUGGUAAAUGGAUUUGGUUACAGAAGGACCAAUGCUUGUUCACAAAAGGCCAACACUGAGCAGCUUCAUUUAAACUUCAGAAGAUAAUUUUCAGCUGUGCUUGGGUAUCCCCCAUGGCUCAGAUCUGAGUUUUAGAAUAGCGCAUUUUACUAUUAUUAUUUUUCCUAGACUACUGUAUUCCUACUGGUCAUUUGGCUUGGCUUGUUACAGCCUGUUUCUUUUGAAAAAAACAAGCACAAGGAACAAAGGCGUCAGUACCUCAUUUCUGAUCUCAGGUGUGCUUUUCAUAGACAGCUCGAAAGGUCAGGCUGGUAGCCAUAAUCCCCUAUCUGUGGGGUUGUAGGUACGUGACUGUAGCAUGGGAGAACACGAGGCGCUUGAGCUGCCUUCACACAUAAGGUCGGAACAAGCCGUGAAAAAGGCACUUGCUUCCCGUUCUGUUCUUGCUGAGAAACACUAGUGGGAUUUGGAGAGGCUGAACACCAGCUCCUCUUCCAGGAAUUUUUCUCUUCCUUGACCAGAGGGGGCUCAGCUCAGUUCCUUCUCAGGGUAGCUGUAAAUUGGAGCCAAGGAGAAGAAGAGGGGAGACGCUGAGCCCUGCAGGCACAGCACGUCUGAAUAUAAUCAAGGCAUGCCUUCCUACGGCCCCAGUGCAGGAGCAUCCGGCCCUGCUUUGCCUGGAUUGAUCUGAACGUUUUCUCAGGAAGGUUUUGCUGGGUGUGUCAGUUGCACAGAGAUCAUCAGAGGAAGGGAGGGGUGUCCAUUUCUACACCCCUUCAGAAAUGACAUGCAGCUUAUUCGUACACAUUCGCUUUUAAAGUGUAACAUGAGAAAUGCCGCUUUAAUUUUACUCAAGUCCCUUCAGCUCUUGGAUCUUCUUCUUUUAAGUUCUUGUUUAACCUGUGCUGGAUUUCGCCACCAAUUACGAAUGAUGCUGCUUGCUUUUAGAACCUCUCCUGGGUCAGAUGCUCAGUUGUCUUCUGCAGGACGUAGCCAUUGCUGCAUGAUGAGAUCAUCCUCAUUCCAUCAGGGGGACAAUAGAGGCACUCAUCCUGUGCCUAAGAGCUGGUGUCAUUGGGCAAGCUGGCCUCAGAUGCUUGCAGGUGUCAGGGAACUUCUCAGUAAUACGUGUAUGUAACAUCCUUGACCCCUAAAACUCCUUGAAUCUCCUGGUAGCUUGCGUGCUUGACCAAGAGAUUUGUGGAGUGAUUUCAAUUAUAUGAAGUGUCCUCAGGAACUGGCCUUUUCUUGGGGGAGAGCAAGUGGUGGUCAGUGGACCAAACCUUUGCAGAUACUGAGAAUAGUAGCAUGAAAGAGCUUGCUUUCUUCCCUACACCCACCCCUCUAGAAUGGUGAGGCUCACAAGGCAGGAAGAAUUUCCCUGCAAGCUUAGCCUGGUGAAGGAUUGUAAGAGGAAAAACGCUACAUUUGCUCAGGUUAAAAAAGGGAUCCUAGAACAUCCUGUCUUCUGCUGCUUGCAAAAGCACGAGCUAAACCAUGCAUCCCCAGGUACCAGUCCACUGAAUGUAAAUUUGCGUAAGUCUAUUCAGUUAAAAAUUCCAUUACGUGUGUAGAAAUUCAGGAGAGAUUCAUUCAUCCUUAAAAGGACAAAUUAACCACAAACCCUUUGCCAAAUUGUAUGCUUUAUCCGUCCACAUUUAGCAGAAAGUGUAUUUGGACUUGCUUGACAGCUAGAAGUGGCUAUGGACCUCUAGCUGUGGUAGAAACUUACAGAGCAGUGAUCGUAUGGGGGCCCUUAGAAUUGCUGGCUUCAGAUCUUGAGGGGGCACCUUUUGCUUCAACAAUCCUGAUGGGGUGAGGCCUUAUAUCAGAUUGCGAGUGGAAGAAUUGUUCCACUGAAUGCACUGCCAUGCUAACCGUUCCCCAGCACACACACAGUCAGAAAACCAAGCUGCUUGUGUGGGGGGGAAAACCACACUACAGUAGAACCCCCCCCCCACCCCCCAAAGUUGAUUUCAGGAUGUAAAAUAAGACAUACAAAGUAAAUAAUUUGGGAAGAAUUACAAUACUGUAUCUCGACUUAGGGAAGAGAGUCUCUUUACCUUAAGCAGGCAUUGACAUCUUGUGAAAGUUGACUCUUAUUUCCUAUAACAAGUAGGGCAGAAGGGUGUUUAUGCCCACCCGUCAGAAGAGACACCAGCCUUCACCAGGGAUGGCAGCAUGCUCUCCAGAUGUUGCUCCAGUGCAGUUCUCAUAAUCCCACACUAAUGGUAUGACAUCUGAAAGACUACUUGUUGCUCAUGCUCGUCCUUCACCUUGUGGUUCUUAAGGCAACCAGUGGUGGGUGCAGAUCAGUUGCUUCUAAGCCAAAGAGCCAUCUCUUUCUUCUUCUCUCAAAUGCUGGUUCCACAUGUUAUCAGGAAAUGGUCCUGUUACUUCCACACAGAAACAUCAGACUGGGGACAUUUCUCGUUGCUUAGCUAGGGUGUUACCCCAUAAGACUGGGGCAAGUGUGAGGUGGUAUGGCUAUAAUGAGGACGGAGCACUUGGUUCUUUCCCACUGGACUGUCACCAUGGCUGAAGAGAAGGUCACCCAGAGAGGGGAGAUCUACAGUAUUACCUUCUGUCUACCUGCAUGCUUUCAGUUUCCCCGUUCAAACAGUAACAGCAUGGAACUGCGUAACGGGGGAAGCAGAUCUGAUGGAGGUGCCUGUGAAGACCAGAGCAGGUGGAAUUUGGCCUAGAGCAGCCGCUUUGUGCUACUUUUAAUUGAGUUUUUUCCCCAAAACACAGAAAAGAUGGGGGGAGGGGUUGUUUGGUAAGGAAAGCUAUAACUCUAACUGAUCUACUGAUCAAAUAAAUCCAGUAUUUAGUCUCUUCAUGUUGGCCAGUACCAGAAGCAUCAGAGCAGCCUACUGGUGGAUUAUCCCUUAAAAUGAAGAGAAAGAAAAGCUAGUUUCUAGUUUGUAUUUGCUGUGACUUCCAUGUAUAUAUAAAAAUUUGACUGCAUUCUAACCAAACUUCUUCCAAUUGUGCACUGUGUUUGUUCUAAAGGAAUCAUGAGGUUUUUAGCUUGGUAACCAGUUUUUCCUCUCUUUUUUGAUUAAAAACACUACAUUUUUUUUCUCACUUGAAGAAUUUUAAAAAGUAAUCUUUUUAAGAAAGAAAGAGCAGGAAGAAAGAAAAAUACAAUCACUGGAUAGCUAAAGAACUUGGAGUUUGAUUUUUAUUUUUGCUAUUUUUAUUUUGUUUUGUUUUUUGGCAGAACAGCCUGUCUUGAUUUGCCUUUUGCUCUCUUGAAAAGUGAGAUUGUAGCCAUUGUAUGGUUAAAAAUCGAUGCACUUGAUGAUUUUAGCACAGGCCUGCCAAGCGUGCCCACUUUGGGUCUGCUGUCAUCUGGACUUUCAGUAAAGUUGGCAUUUGGGGCUGCAAAAAACGAUUUCACUAUAAGCAUUUGGCAUGCUGCAGUACCAGGCUGUCGGGCUUCUAAUUUUCUUGACAGGCCUGGUUUAACAGCUCUGUUCUCAUCUUCCACAAGGGGGGUGGGAAAAAAGCUAGAAUUUGUUUUCAAUUGUGUAACUGCUGAGUUUAAAAAGACAAAAAUACACAUCAAAAGUUCUUUUUAACACACAUUCUUCUCUCCAUGUAGUAUUUAAUGGUCUUUGGAGAAAAAAAAUAGAGUGAUACUGAAUAUACAUAUAUGUGAAUAUAUGUGUAUGUGUGUAUAUAUGCAUAUAUAUAUAUGUGUGUGUAUAUAUAUAUGCAUAUGCACAAGAUGAGACUUUCUGGGUUUUUUGUUUUGUUUUUUGAAACAAGUCUGUAGCAUAAAGUUUAAACUAUUUUAAAGGAAAAUAAUAAAAUAGAGUGAAUUAUUUAAACAAUA